AUGCCUGCAAGCGAUAUGGAUCGCACAAUAUCUGAACUUUCAUUCGAUGAACUCUUGGAAGCACUGAAGAAUCGACUGGAUGCGGGGGAUGAUGGAUACACCUCCCAUCUCUCGGAGAUUGAGGAUCAUUCUCUCAGCGGAGGUAGCCAGAGAUGGCGGGACAAGUGCAUUUCAAGACAAGUUGAGCUGUCCAAGAUGGCCAGAGUUCUCCGCGCUCGUGCCAACUUUGCAUCUUCCAUCAACCGACUUCCAGGCGAAAUUUUUGCCGCCAUCGUACACCAGCUUCUGCCUGGAGACACGUUCGUAUCGGACGCAGCGCUGUGGAAAGGGGUGAUGGCGUCGCUCAUCGCAGUCACUCAUGUCUGCAGCCACUGGCGCACAUCUGCGUUGAGCGAUCCGCGACUCUGGAGCUCGAUAUACUUGGACCAGAGGAUGAAGUUUUCUGGGACCCAGGCCCUGACAUUUUUUCAACGAUCCUCGCCACUCCCAGUAUCAAUUCACCACAAAAUCUGGACGUCCAGGCCGGAACCUGGCGAAUAUGCGGGCACUGGGUCGUUCCUUGCCGCAUUGGCUGCCCACCCAGAGCGCAUUCUGUCACUCGAUAUUAGGGGCGUGUACGAGAGGAGAAUCUUUGAAUUUCUCCGAAACCCACUACCCAACCUCGGAUCGCUGCGCGUCGACAUUCGUUACCCCUUGUCUCAUACAUCUGACCUCCAAGUGCAGCAUGACCGUCGCCGUCUUCAAUCCAUGUGGCCUCUCCGAAAGUUAAGCGCGGCUCUCAAGAGGCUGUACCUCCACGACCUAGGCGCGUGGAUCUGCCCACUCGACGCGGAAGAGCGAAAGUUUUCCCAGCUUAAUGCCGGAAUAACGCACCUGUAUCUCGUCAGGUGGCAACAGGAAGACGUUCGUCCUGUGGAGGUCAUGAACAUCUUCCGUUCUCUCCCACUCCUGGAGGUUCUGUGGGUGCAAGACAUGUAUAACACGCCAACUGGCUAUGAUGGUCCCCCGGUUUCCCUUAACGCGUGUCGGAAGAUGCGCUUGAAAGUCAGCGGCGCCAUGGGAUCUCGAAGAUACCCUCACUAUCUCCUACACAGUCUAAUCAUCCCUAGCACCGCUGAAAUAGUCUGGGGCGCUGAAAUGAGCAUGUCCAGUUCUCAGGUUGAUGUCACCCAUCUGCCGCCAUCUCAGCGCCUUUCCAAUGUCAAGAAGGUGUUCGUACGUGCAGGACAAGGCUUCUAUUAUAUGCUCCAAAACGACAUCCUAUUCCUGGAGUGUGUUCUGCCGCUCGCCCACGAACAGCUCGCCUUAUUGGCAGGUCACCUCCCGAAUGUCAGGUUAAUCGGGAUGCCGAGCAUCGAAGACUGCCGGUUGGAUUUUAUCGUCUUCGAAUCGUAUGCCGGCGUCGAACAUGUGGAGAUAUACACCUAUGACGCUCUCUACAAGCUCGUACUCGCCCUCGAAUCCGGGGAACCGCAAGGGAUCUCAGAAGAAAGAGGUGCCAGCGAGUCCCCGAGGCGAACCGCCCUCUGUCCAAAUCUCUCCACUAUCACAGUGCACACGGGGUACUUCGACACGUCGAUUCCUGCCGUGGCGGAGAAGGUGCUGAAGCGGAUGGAAAGAGUCGAGGGAUUCCCACUUCAACUCCCACAAUGUGGUUUCAUUACCCGUCAGCGCCCUGCGCUUGGGACGACAUACGCGAUAUCUUUCAAGAAGGGCUGCAUGCAAACCGCACUGAAGAGCCAUGGCUUAAGAUCGUCCUUGGAGAAUCUCUGGGAGUUGGAAUUGUGA